UUUGAUGAUGUCGAUUGUCAAGGUGGGAAUGGAUUUCUACCAGUUAGUGUACUGGGUAAUACAUACAAAGACUGUAUAUUUAUUGUGUGUGAUGGUUUGGACGCAGAUCCAAGGCGGCAUAAGUAUCCACUGAGUUGUGACAAUGGCUAUCAAGUUAGCACACAUUUGAAUGAUAUUACAAAGAGGGACAUAUUCUUCCCAAAUGCAUGUAAAGGACUGACUGUCCCAGAUUGUCUUGCAAUAUAUUUCUACACAUAUUUCUGUGUGAUUGAGACCAGCACGACUGAUAAUAUAGCAUGUGGGCCAACAUUUCAAGAGCUUAAAGGAGAGGGCACUUACGACCAAGACUCUGUAGAUGAAUGCAUAGCCAAACUGGAAAUUCAGCGCAAUAUUGAACAAGAUAACCUGACGAAGACAUUUGAUAGACUCAUCGGUGAAUGCUAGUGGAAAAUGUAGCACAAUGUUAGAGCAGUAUCUUUGCCAACAUGAUCUUAUG